AUGGCCGCCGUGCAAGUCAUGGCUCCCGCCCUCCCGUCCCGGCAGAGGCGAUCAGCCGCGGUCAUCGUCGUCGGCGCCGGCCUGAGCGGCUUGCAGGCGGCGCACCAUAUCCAGAGCUCUGGUUCUUCGUGUCUGCUUCUCGAAGCCACGGAUUGCGUGGGCGGCCGCUUUGCUCAAGGACCCGGUCGCCAUGGCUUCGAUGGAGCGAGGCAUGUGCGGAUGGCGGAGCUGGCGCGCCGGCUCGGCCUCGGGGUUGAGUCGCCACAGGCCCGGCAGGGCGAGGAGGAUACGGCCCAGGGCCUCGGCGCGUGCGGAGCAGACGGCAUCCCCGAGGGGUUCACCGCCGACGACCGCCGAGCCCUUAUCCGAGUCCGAACCAACGUCGAGGCGCUCUGCCAGCGCGUCGACGUGAACCGGCCGGCGGAGCUGAUGCCCAACUACGGCACCAUGACGGUGCGCGAGCUGGUCGCGUCCCAGGGCGGCACGGCGGCGGUGCAACAUCUCGCCAACUCGUGGACGCUCACUCUCUUCGGCCUUGGCUGCCACCGCGUCAGCGCACUCUACUUCCUCGUCCACUGCAAGUGCGGUGGCGGCCUGCUCCAGACUCUGUCCGACCUCGCCGGCGGCAGCCAGAACCUGCGCGUGUCAGGAGGCGUUUCCAGGCUGUGCGAGGAGCUCGUCGCUCGUUUGCAGCCGGGGUCCGUCCUUCUGUCCCAACACGUCGACAGAAUUGAUCAGACGCCCGGCAACAGAUGCGUGCUCACCACGCGCUCCGGCGAGGUAUUCCAAUGCGCCAAGGUCAUCCUCGCCGGAGCAGCCUCGCAAUGCCGAACCAUCGACUUUGCCCCCGACCUGGGCGCGGACAAGCAAUGGCUCCGGGACCCUGCGCACGCCGGCUUCUCCCGCAGCAUGAUCCUCCUCUUCGACCAGCCCUGGUGGCGCGAGCGUGGGUUCUCUGGCCGCGCGCAAGCUCUGGACGGCCCCAUGUGCAUGGUCCUCGACAGCUCAUCCGACGACGCCGAUACGCUCUCCGCCCUGACGUGUCUCGUGGCCGGUGAGUCCGGACAAGAGCUGUGGCUCAAGCCGGAAGACGACAGGAGGCAAGACGUGCUUCGCAACCUCGAAGCCAUUUUUGGCGAAAAAGUUCCCUUCCCCGCCGGAGUCAUGGAACUGGGUCCGGAGACGGACACAUUGGCCUGCCUGGCUGUGCCUGCGGCUCACCUGCGCGAUUUGGAGCGGGACCACUGGCGGCCAGAGGGAAGCAUCUUCUUCGCAGGCUCCGCUGCUAGCUUUGUGUCGAGGGGACAUCCGGAAGGGGCUCUGGCUGCGGGCAGCAGGGCGUCCGAGGAGGUUGUGUGCGCAUUGCAGCCGACACUGGGCGCGGGCCCAGUUCCGAGGCUAUGA